UCUGGAGCCAGAUGACACACACACUCUUGAGGUCAGAUUGUUAUUCUUGCAAAUGGCAGUUUUGGACUUUGGUAUUUUUCCCUGUUUGGAGAAAUGAGAGGGAGGGUGUGAGAAAGAGAGAGAGGCAUAUAAAUUGUCAGCAUCCACGUUGGAGCAGCCUCAUUCAACAGGUCUCAGUAUGGAGUUCAAAGGAGUUUGUGUACUGCUGGGGGUACUACUACUGGUGAACUGCUCAUUUCAGCAGCAGACUCCACCGAAGAAGAAAAAAGUGUUGUUGGAAUCGGACACAGCAAAGGAUGCAGCUGUCGAGCAGCUACAGAAACAGAUCAACGACAUUGUACAGGAGCUCAACCUACUGAAGGAACAACAAGCUCUGCAGACAGUCUGUUUGAAAGGUAUAAAGAUCCACGACAAGUGUUUCUUGGCUGACACUGUGAGAAAACGCUAUCACACUGCCAGUGAGGACUGCAACGCUAUGGGCGGUGUCCUCGGUACACCCACAUCCAGCUACGAGAACGACCAGCUCAGAGACUACAUCCGCCUGAGCAUCGGCCCAGAUGAGCAGGUCUGGCUGGGCAUCAAUGACAUGGUGACUGAGGGCAGCUGGAUGGACCAGACUGGGGUCAGCAUUACAUUCAAAAAUUGGGACACCUCCAACUACCGGUCCCCUCAGCCAGACGGUGGCAAGACCCAAAACUGCGCCGUCCUGUCUGGGGCCUCCCAUGGGAAGUGGUUUGACGAUAACUGUCGUGAGGAGAAGCCCUCUGUCUGCCAGUUCAACAUUGUUUGAUCGCAUAUAUCUCAUCAUAGACUGUGCAUGGUUAUAGCUGCUUUCAGUGUAUGUAAUCCUGCUGCAAUGUCAAUCUCCCUUGCUAUUUUAAAAGUAGAAUCCAGUGGUUCUUAGCUGGUUUUGCAUCAGAACUAAAUUCUGGUUUAGAGGUCACAGUCAGUUCAGUUGCAUGAGACAUACAAUGUGGUCAUUUCUGAUUUAAGUUAACGUGUGAUGUGCCAUUUGCAGCAUUCCUUGUGGCCACAGUGAAACCAGGAAAAAUAGAAUAAGCCAAAGAUUGUUUUGGACAUCUCAAUCAUUUCUGCCUUCAUUUUAAAGAUCUUCUCCUAAAAAAAAAACUAAAAAAAAACAGGAUUAUUGUUCUUUCCAAUCAUUUCAAAACACUUAUAUUUAAAAUAUCAGUACUCCUGCAAUAAAAGGUGUGUAGGGGCUGGCACCUUGCACACAUUUAAAAACUGGGUGUAACGUUUAUUAUUUCCAAACAUCUCAUUAUGACUCACUGGUUAAGAACCACUGGUUUAAACUCAGACAUCCCUUCAUCAUUACUGCCUUUUGUAGCCAGAAUUAUAAGUGAUAUUGCAUUAACAUAAAACAAUGACUCAAUCUUAAACUGCAUUCUUUUAAGAGAUAAUUUCAGUUUGCUGGCCUUGUAGUUUCCAAUAAUGUCUAGCCUAAUAUAACCUAAAAAAAUUGCCAUCAAUAAACUAUGAAAACC